CGCAGAGUGUAUAUUCUUCAAUUUCAACUUUCAAGCAUACAGAUUAUUUGAUGACGACGGCUACUUGGAAUCCUGCUGGUAGUGACAAAAUUUGUUAGAAUACAUUUCGGAGAGAUUCAGCUAUAUUCGUAUAAAACACUCGUACGUAAUAUAAGUUUUUGCAAAAACAGUAACACGUAGUAGUUUGCGAAAAAUAAAAAUGAUGGACGGAACAAUUGAGGAGAAUGGUAACGGAACACCGUCGACGGGAAGUCCAUUGGAGGGCAAUCAAGAUUUUACACCCUCUCAAAAAGUGACUGGAUCUGGAAAUGGAUCUAUGGGAGACGGUACCCAAUUACCACAGCAGCAGGGGAAUAACAAAACAGAUAACACGGCGCUUCCUCCAAGUUCGCUUUUGGUUGACAUUUCAGAUGCGCUGAGUGAGAAGGAAAGGGUGAAGUUUACAGUUCAUACUCGCACCAAUUUGCCCGGAUUUGCCAAGUCAGAUUUUUUGGUUGUCCGACAGCAUGAAGAGUUUGUGUGGCUACACGAUCGGUUUGAGGAGAAUGAGGAUUAUGCUGGCUAUAUCAUACCGCCUUGUCCUCCCCGUCCCGACUUCGAUGCUUCCCGAGAAAAGCUACAACGAUUAGGUGAAGGUGAAGGAAACAUGACCAAGGAAGAGUUUAAGAAAAUGAAGCAGGAGUUGGAAGCGGAAUAUUUAGCUACGUUCAAGAAAACGGUAGCCAUGCAUGAGGUGUUUCUCACGCGAUUGGCAACGCACCCCGUAUUUCGAGAUGAUGCACACCUGAAGGUAUUUCUGGAAUUCGAUCAGGAUCUUUGUGCGAAACUGAAGAAAAAAAUCGACGUCUUCGGUGGGCUAAUGAGAAGUUUGGGGAAGACGACUGAUGAGAUAUAUUUAGGAGCAACAGUAAAGGACGUAAAUGACUUUUUCGAACGCGAGCUACAGUUUUUGGGCGAAUAUCACGGUCAUCUAAAAGAAGCGGCAGUGCGAACCGAAAAAAUGACCAAUAAGCACAAAGAAGUGGCUGACUCGCAUAUACGGAUUUCGUCUGCUCUGAUGUCACUUUCAACGGCGGAACACGGCUGCAUGGAACGUUUUCUAGCCAAAACAGCAGACAUUUUUGAAAAGAUUCGGAACAUGGAGGGACGAGUGGCGAGCGACCAGGAUUUAAAACUGGGCGACACAUUGCGAUACUAUCAACGGGACAGUAACGCUGCUAAAGCUCUUUUGAUUCGUAGAUUGCGCUGUUUAGCAGCAUAUGAGGCGGCCAACAGAAAUCUCGAGAAAGCUAGGGCUAAAAACAAGGACGUUCAUGCGCCAUUGGAAGUGCAAGAGGCGGAGAUGGCUCAAACACAGGCCUGUGAAAAGUUUGAAUCGAUGUCUGGCCGUGGUAAAGAGGAGCUGGUCAGCUUUCGGCUUCGUCGGGUAGCUGCUUUCAAAAAAAGUCUAAUCGAAUUGGCUGAGCUGGAGAUGAAGCACGCCAAAGCGCAGUACGAACAUCUCCGUCAAUCGUUGAUAGCGCUACAGGACUCCGCUGCCUAGAGGUCUGACGAGACCUCGUGCGGUGCGAACUUGUGUGAUAAAUAUGGACCGUAGAAUAUCGUGUGAGGACCACUUCCGCAAGCUCGAAAUGGAAAAACAGAGCAUGGCCCACGUUGCAUUCUACGAUGACAAAUAAGGUCAGCUGUCUGUCUGAAUGUCUGUACAUGUGCGUGGAACAAUAUUGCAUAAUAAGCUAGAUACAACAUUUAUACACGAAUACAUCGGAUAGUCGUGACAACAAUAGAUCGGUCCAGAUUUGACCCUAGACUGGCCGUUAUGUAAGGCGAUAAACUCGAAAUUAUUCCUUUGAAUCUUCUAGCAGAGGAGCAGAAUUUUCCUGUACACUACAGGAGAGUUUUACAAGAGAAUUUACGAACGAAAGAAAAAAUAUUCCAUACGAUACUUUAUUUUUAAAUGAUGCCUUUCUACCAUUAUUUAAUCAAACAUUCUAGUUCAUGUUACUCAUGCUUUUGUUAGCAAAUAGCUUAACCCCUAUGUUGUAUUCUUAAAUUUAUAUAUCUAUUGUUUUUGAUAAACCCGAUUCCAUUUUAAACGGGUGUCUGUCGAACGACAUUCAACUGAGCGCCAACAUGUGCAGAGUUAGGGUCUUUUAUUUACUAUAUACACGUCGAUGAUAAUUAAAACGCCGAUCACAGGAAAUGCAUUACAUUUUUGACUACUUAGCAGGAAAAGUAAUCGAUGCUUUAUAACACAAAAAACACUGUUUUUCGAGGACUAUAUCAUCGUAAUUAUUGCUAUUAUUAUUAUUAUUAUAUUUGAAGAAAUUGAUAAAAUAUUAUGUAUAUAAA